GUGAGGCACAAGUGAAGAAGUAAAGGCACAUGCCGUGGAAAUCGGCAUUCUAUUUUGAUAUUCGCUGAUUAAGAGACUCUCAUUCCUAUUUAGAACAGCUUGAAAAACGGUUGUACGAGUAUCAGUGAAAUUCCUCGAAACGAAUCUGUCGCUCUAUCGCCAUUGAACUAAAUUGAUUUGCAAAGCGCCACAUCCACCGGAUAAUUACAUUUAAAAAAAAAUAAAAAUCUUGAACUUUUUUUCCUCAUAAUUUUUUGACCAUUUUGGAAAGAAACAAAUACUUCUCUUUUUGUCCCAAAACUCGGAUUGUAACAGACAGAAAGAAAUACUUCUUGAGACAUAUUGAGCUCUGUGAUUUUUUAAGGUGUGAUUCGAGUGGUAAAUUCUGUGUUAAUCUUUUUGAGAGAUUAGCGAAAACGUAAAAGCGAUUAAUGUGGCAAAAGUUGAAAUUUAAGUGAUACUUAAGGACUUCUGAAAAAAAUUAUUCAAAGAAAGUCUCCAAUUGGACUGAGACAAAAGACAGAUUUUCUCUUGCAUUGCACGGACAUUGAAAAGAGAAACGCUCGUGAGUGUUUAUUGUGCUAGAGACAAUCCCAAAAUACAAAAACCUACUGUUUGGAGGGAAUUUAUCCGGAAAACUGACCAAGAUGGAUCGAAUUCACAAAAGUUCUUCCAAAACGCCACUGGCGCCAACGGAAUACUCUGAAUUUCCCAUAAUAACAAAGUAUGAUCAGAGGAAGCAGACAACACGGACUGAAUUAAGAGACUCACUGUACACGAAAAGUAAGGCUGACAUGAAUGACGUGCCAGUAGCUACAGCGGCAGGAUCUACGCUGCCUCUGGUUCAGCUGCCUAAGGAUGAAGAAGCGGGAGAGUACAACCCUUUUGAGCACCGAAAGGUGACGCAUCCCACCACAGAUACAGAAACCCUAGUCCAUCUACUUAAGGGAUCACUGGGUUCAGGUAUCUUGGCCAUGCCAUUGGCCUUCCUCAACGCAGGAUUGUGGUUUGGCUUGGUAGCUACAUUUGCCAUCGGCAUCAUUUGCACCUACUGUGUCCAUAUUCUGGUCAAAUGCUCUCAUAUCCUCUGCCGACGUGCCCAAAUCCCAUCCCUGGGAUUUGCAGAUAUUGCGGAGACGGCCUUCUUAGCUGGUCCUGAAGGUCUUCACAAAUGGUCACGAUUUGCCAGGUUCAUCAUCAACCUGUUCUUGGUGGUGGAUCUCAUCGGCUGCUGCUGUGUCUACGUUGUCUUCGUAGCUAGUAACAUCAAGCAAGUUGUCGAUCACUAUUACUCCAUAGAUUUGGAUGUCCGAGUCUACAUGGCGUUUCUUCUACUCCCACUGAUCCUCAUCAAUCUCAUCCGCAAUCUCAAGUACCUUACACCAUUUUCCAUGUUCGCUAACAUCCUAAUUGCUGCCGGAAUGGCCAUCACCAUGUACUACAUCUUCAGUGACUUGCCUUCUGUCUCUGAACGUCACGCUAUUUCUGACAUUAAGCAUAUGCCCAUGUUCUUCGGAACAGUCAUCUUUGCCCUGGAGGGUAUUGGUGUAGUCAUGUCCCUGGAGAAUAACAUGAAGAGCCCACAGCACUUCAUUGGAUGUCCCGGCGUCCUCAACACUGGAAUGGCCUUCGUCGUUGGACUCUAUGCCACUGUGGGAUUCCUAGGAUACCUCAAGUAUGGCGAAGAUACCAAGGGCAGCAUCACUCUCAAUCUACCUAACGAAGAACUAUUGGCUCAAUCCGUUAAGCUUAUGAUUGCCAUUGCCAUAUUCCUCACCUAUUCUCUUCAGUUCUACGUCCCAAUGGAAAUCUUGUGGAAGAACCUUAAGGGGAACUUCAACGAACACAGGAAUGCUGCUGAAUAUACCCUCCGAAUCGGGCUUGUGAUUCUUACAGUGGCCAUUGCUGCAGCAAUUCCUAAUCUUGGACCCUUCAUCUCUCUUAUUGGUGCUGUCUGCUUAAGUACUUUAGGCUUAAUCUUCCCAUCCGUCAUUGAAAUUGUGACAUACUGGGAAAAUGGAAUGGGCCGAUUUAACUGGCGAUUGUGGAAGAAUAUCCUGCUGAUUUUAUUUGGGAUAGUUGGCUUCCUCACAGGCUCAUAUGUCAGUAUAAUUGAAAUUAUCGAAUCCCACAUAUAGACAGAAAUUAUCCAGAAUCCUCACAGUUGAUGUAUUUCGUUUUUUGACUAUCUCCGAAAAGGAACACAAAAAAAUGAACAUCAUGUCAAUCAUGUUAAUUUUUAAAUUAUCUUUCGGCGAAAUUCUGUAGUGUCAUUUGACUAAAUGUCCUUUUUUUUAUAGUUAGCGAAUUUACAGUGAAUUUUCUUUCUAGUGAAAAUGGUAAACUUGUGAUUUCUUCAAUGUCCUAAAAUAUCUUUUAGUUAUGUUAAAGACAGAAAUCGUAGAAAAAAUUCAAUUGUAAAUUUGUCAUUAGGCAAGUCCUUGGCAACUCUACUAAAAAAAAAUACAAAAAAAAAGAAUUAUUUAUGCAAAAAAAAAAUCGUUGGAGGGAAAAUUUUUGAUAACUGUGGUUCAAGAAAAAAAAUACUUUUACGCCUAUGUUAGUUCUUAAGAUGACUUUAUAAAAACAUGAAAAAAAAUCAUAUACAAUAAGGCUUUACUUUUAGCUAUUAAUAAUUAUUUUCCUCAAUAGGAAAUGUCUAUAAAUAUAUUUUUUCCUCUUACGGAAAAUAACAAUUAUUAUCGGUCGCUAAUACCGCUCAUAGACUUGGAACUUAAAUUUUAGUAUCUUAAAAAAUGAGUUCUCAAAAUGAAAGCUUUAUCUGGAGAUGAGAUGAGAUGGACAAUUCUCAAUUUUUGUCUUUAAAAGUAUCGUUAGAUACCAAAUAAUUCUUUAUAUUUAAGUAUUUAAUGAUAAAAAAAAACCAGACGAAUCUUGUGUAAGAGAGCCUAGUUUUUAAGAAACCAAAAUUUCUUUCUCUGCGUCUGUGAUCGGCACAACUGCUAGAAUUAGAGCCAUGUUUUUUUUUUAAUUUGAAGUAUUACAGAAAUUGAAAAGCAAAAGAUUAACCUCAUUUACAAAUUUUCAUAUCCGUUUCAAUCAUGCAGCAAAAUUUUGAGUAAAAAAAAAAACAAAAAUAAGAAAUUGCAUGCAUAUUUUGACUUUUAAACAUUACGCCAGAGAAACAUUGACGAGAAGUGUGAUAAUAUUAAUAGUGUUUAAAUAUUUACUCAGUACUGAUGUGUUAUGAUUAAAUUAAAAUUUCAUAUCGCAGAAAUCUCCCCAUUGAGCAAACGUACAAUAUUUUCUGGAAAAAAGGAGUUUCUUGUUAUAUUCAAUGUGAAACAGCAAUAGACUUUCUGUACCUUCUCACCUAUUCGAAUCAGAAAAGGAAACAUUUGAAAUUGUAUAAUUUUAUCGUAGUGUAAGAAAUUAUUGGUUUUAUAGUGAUAAACUUGAAUCAAUAUUUUGUUAUUUUUUAAAGACAAUAAAAAAUCCUUAUAUACAUUUAAUAAAGAGAACAGAUGAAAAUA